AUGCCUGUUGUGAGCAACCAGCUCAGGAACUUGAAGAUCUCGCCGCCAUCCUUGGCCGACCAGGUCAACUCAAAGCUCAAGGCAAACGUCAUUUUGGUUGCCAAGUACGACUUUGUCGCCGAGUCGGCGUCUGAGUUCUCCGUCAAGAAAGGAGACGUGCUCAAGCUUUUGGAUAAACUCGCCAAUGGCUGGGUUCUUGUGAAAUCCGUGGAAAAAGUCACGUCCCCGGGCCUUGUCCCUUGUCUUUAUGUGGAUAUUGCCGUGAACGACACGCUUAAUCCUAUCACCUUACAGUGGCUUCACGAGACUGGAACCUCCGCAACCACAGUUUUAGGAAACACAACAUUUUACGAUGCCGAAGUCAAGCAACUCCUCCGCAAUAACGCGCCCAUAACCAUCAACAACCGACCAUAUCCACUCGCUGCCUCCAUUUCCAAUUUCCUCUUGUACGAAAACCGCUAUUGGUACAGAGUCGACAUCACCUAUAGCACCCAGGAAAGGGCGUAUUUGUGCCGCUACUACCAGGACUUUUACACUCUUCAUGCUUCUCUUCUCGAGCAUGUGGAGCAGUGGCAGCUGGCGUCCAAGGAUCAGGAGCUUCCAGAGUUCUUGAAGUUGCCCAAAUUGCCUGAACCCAUUCCCAGCAACAAAAGAGAAUCGGCAGAGCUCAGGUCCCUUCUUGUCAAGCGGUGCAAGGAUCUCGACCAGUACAUCAACAGUCUUAUUCUGAACAAGCACUACCAGGUGCUGCCUCCGUUGCUCAGAUGGCUCGAUGCCAAGUACGAAAAAGCUCCUGGGUUCGUAGUGGCAGAGCAGCUCAAUGAAACCAACGAGGUUAUCAACGAAAAGGUGUUGCCUGGUUCCGUUGGCAUCUAUUCCCAUCACAAGGCAGACAACGGAACCGAAAGCGAAAGGCUCCAUGCUGUAUUGGAUAAGCGUGAGGAGGAGGACCAGGCUAAGAAAUUCCCCAUGACUUCACCCAACCCUAACGACCGCCUAGGUCCCAAGCAACCGGUUUCAAGAAAUAUCUAUAAUCACUACCAGCAAAUUGUGGGCUACCAGGGCGACCUCCAGCGUGCCAAAACGACCCGUGAUCUUCUGAGGUCAAAAACAUCCAGAGAGCCCCGCCUCGGUCCUACAAGAAAAGCACCCCCUGGCGAUCCCAGCCAAGUCACAAGACUGAAAACAACAUGGCAGCCACAAAGAGCCGCCACGGCUCCUACAAUGGUCCAUACAAGCCCCCCUCCUAAGCCGAUGUCGAUUUCUGCUGUGAAUGGGAACCCUUUUGCCAGGACAAAGUCGGUGAAAACCACCACCGGUUCCGAAACUUCCGGGCCGACUUCAGCCGACACCUCUUUUGAUACGAGUCUUCUUUCUCUGCCCCCUUCUCUAAACAGCAGGUCUGUUCAGGGAACACCAGAAUUGGGGCCUGGCCAGCUACGGUGCCAGAUUAAGACACAAAACCAAGACAAGCUUUCUGUGAGGAUAAACAAGCCCGAGGUGACGUCUCUCGCUGAGUUCAAGCGGCUCAUAUACCAAAAAGUGGCGUUUAAUAAUCUCUAUAUCAAUUUGCCCGAUUCCGAUACCUACGAGGAGAUGGAUGCCGGGCUGACUGGUUUACUCGAACAUAUCCGGGCCAGCGAGAAUGUUAAUGUGCUUGUGACGUAA